AUGGCCUAUUUUCAAUACAUCCCGUCAAACACACCUCUGAAAUUUGGCAACAACAACGAUCGCCGACCCUUGAAUCUGAUGAACGGAAAUCCACUUGAACCAACGGUGAAGAACGCCUCCAUAACUAUGGAUACAAUACCUCUAUCAGAACUUUUUACCUUUCCUCAAGGUGACGUCGACGUCAUAAUUACGCUUGACGGCCAGAAAUUCAAGGGAAAGGUUUACAGUAAGCUUAUGGCUCUUGCAAGCCCUGUAUGGAGAAAAUUUCUCUUCCCGCCAUUUCCACGUCUCCCAAAGAACGAGAAUGACAAGAACGCAAAUGAGGAGAAUUGGAGUAACAAGAGUACGAACAACAACAGCCCUUCAAACGAUGAUGACGGACAAGUUAGCUGCACACAACGGAACAAAGACACCCAAGAUCAGGAUAUCGAAGCCCACGCCAAGAGCGACCAAGCUACUUGCGAUUGCAGAGCACCGGUUCCAGAUUUGGACUUCACUGAGGACGAUAGUGACAUUCUCCUGCUGCUAUUUCAGAUUGCCCACUACCAGUUUGAUAAAGUCCCUGAGUGCUCCAGUCUUGAUGAGUUGAUAGGUAUUGGGAUGCUGUGCGAUGAUUAUGAUUGUGCAAAGCUGUACGCCCCUUGGGCAAAGAGAUGGAUGAGAGACAAUUUGCCCCCAUGGAGAUCUCUUCACAUUGAAUUAGUUCAUUCUUUAGAGUGGCAUAAACUCGAAGAAUAUGAAGCAUAUAUUUUCAUAACUUGGAUAUGGAAGGACUGUGGUUUCAUUAAGUUUGCAGAAGAACUUGUCUGUCUCCUUCGGUCGCCUGAAACAGAUCCUUUCUAG